AAAAGGUCAAUAUUUCGAAAAUUUUAACCGCUGAAAGUACCAGUUCGAGUAAGAUUAUGAGAAAUAUUAAAAUUGACAUAAACUAUUUCGACCUCUCCAAAGGUCACUUCAGGCGGUGAUGGGCGCGACAACACCCAGCUUUUCCCACGACAGUUUAUAUAUAUAUAUUUUUUUUUUCUUGUUUUUUUUUCUUAUAUAUUUUUUUAAAAAGAAUACUUUCUGCUAACGACAUUUGCCUUUAUAGAUUACUUGCACAUAUAUUAUGUUUAAGCAUAUAUGCGAUGCGGAAUGAACUCCUAAUUCAGUGGAAUUAGUUACUGUCGGAGGUAUCAUACUCGCCUGCUUGCAUUAAAAAUGCUGUAAUUUAUAAGCUCUUGUUUUGGCAAGAAACAUACCGUGAAUAUUUUCCUUACGCACUGUGCGUAAUGGGCGCUACGCCAUUGAUGAGCCCAGAUCAAUACUUUCCGACAACACGUGACUUGCAAUUUUUCAUAGGUGAAAUACACGUUUUAUACCUGGAUCUAUUCUAAAUUCUUAAUGAAAUUGUGGCAUAUGAUAUGUAUGACAUGCAGCUAAAUUGAACAAUUAUUAAUUUCAUCUCUAUAUCAUACGGACCUAGAUUGGGAUCCAACUUUCCAGAAACUUCGUCUUUGUCAAAGCGAAAACAGAUUUAAUUAAAAUGGCGUCGACUUGGAGGAUAAGAAUGCUUCUUCUUCUGAUGUUCGCACCAGUAACUACAAAUGACAAAGAGGGUCAGCCAGCCGAUAAUCAACCGACAUGCGUGCCAUUCAAUGCUAUUUUUAUAUGGCAUACGGGUAGCGGGCGUGACACAUCCUUCUAUCAGCAAAGGCGCUUAAUAACAACACUGAUUCUUGAUUUUCCUGAACGUACAGAGGUAUCGUUGGUCACAGUUGGCGCAAAAGUAAACACAAAAAUGCAUUUUAGAAAGGAAAACACAGACCAAAGUUGGAUCUAUCAACUGGUACAGCAUGAUCCUGGGCACUCUGGAACACAUGUCAUUCCAACACAAAAAAUCAGCGACGCUAUUCUCAAAAACGAAAACCCUAAAAUGGCAGAGGAAGUGUUCUUAGUAGUUAAUAACAAAUCUGUAAUAGCUUAUAGACAGGGAGCAGCUAAAGCGCUUAGAAAGAAAAACACAUGCAUUAUUUUCUCUGGAGAACCGACAUCAAAACAUGUUUGGACAGAUCUUGCAACUGAUAGUUACCAUUUUGUGAUAUUAGAGGACAACACUGGUAGCAUUAACUGUACUGCAAAGUCCAUCCUAAUUCAAACUUGUCGGGAUAUUGUACCGGACAUUGACUCCAUAAUGGACCGUCUCUACUCUCAUAUAAAUGUCCAUUCAACUAUAAACAGCAUCAUCAUCGUUUUAAUGAUCACAUAUAACUGCCUGCCUAAGCGUGUGAAAAGAAAUUUGCAGAGACUUUGCAGAACAUGUUUCCGGAAAGAUAACACUCCAGUUGCAGAACGUGGUGAAGACGGACAAGAACAGGAACGAAAUGAUCGGAAUGAGAACCAGUUUACCAAAGAACAAUUGGAUCUUGAUGCAAACGCCAGCACGAAUGUGAACGAAGAAAUUCUGGACAUGCCUGCAGGUGGACGACCCAACCUACCUGUUCCUUGUAUAGAAAGACAUGACAUUGAGCAAGAGGCACUUCCGUUGAUCCAUCAACCAAAAUGGCAAUGGUGAACAAACAUAAUCUAGCACUUGUUGUAUGGGUUCCUUAACAAGCUACAACGACAAGAAAGCGUUUUGGAUCAAGUCAAAAGUCCUUCCCUUGAAGAGACACGUUUUUGCAAACAGAAGACCGGAGGCAGAUAAAACUGAUAUCUUAACUCAAUAGUGUAUCGCAACGCAGCGAACACAAUAGUUUGUUUAUCAAAAAAGGCCUAAGACAUGUAAUGUCAUUACAAUAGAUUCUGGUAUAUAAAGCAUUUUCAGUAGUAAAUAGCAAAUUAUUUGGAGUUUAUGCCUUGGUCACAAAACCGUACGAUGUCCAUACGGUUUAAAAAAAGCGUACGAGUCCACCAAUCUUAGAAUCUUUACGGUCUCUGUACAAUCGCAGUGUCUGGUUGCAGUACCAACGGACCCCGUACGAUCUUUAGAGGAUGCAAUAGUAAGAUAUCCGUACGGACGUCACAGACAAGCCGUGCGUAGCUCGCAAGGAGCCCGGCCGUAUCUCGUGGGUUCGUACGGCGCUCGCACAGCACUCCUACGGUGUCCGUAGUUACUUUGAUUUUAUACCACCUUGAAUCACCAAGGAAGUCAAGUUCAAGAAGUAAUUAUUUUUGUUUAAUGAUACAUGUACUUUGAACGAUUACUUCAAAUAUAUGCUCAUAUGUCUCUGUGUGCGUAUGCUACCUGUGUUCUUUUUAUAUUUUCACUGCAAAUAAGCUUGUGCUUCGAACUUCUUAGCUUAGAAUGAUUAUAUACACGUGUAUGUCAUAUUAUAUAUUGUCACUUGCCAUUCCGUAACCCAGAUUCAUACUUUAUUGUUACAUAUUGUUCUGUAGUCAGGAUAUUUUCAUCAUUUUAUAUAUUCAAGAUUUUCAGUAAACCUGAAACUCGAAACUUGAAUUUUCGCCAAUUUGAUUGACUUAAGCUUGUGCUUUUUCAUUUUAAGUGUCAUUUAGUUUAAGGGAGUAUAGAACCCAAUUGCUUUUAAAGCACUGUGCAGAUGCAACUUUCUAUAGUUUGUUUCAAAUCGGAGUCAACUAAAUUAUUAAAAAGAUCUCUUGAAGCAUAAGGAAUAUAAGUGGUGAUUUGAUAAUAUGUUAUUAGCAAAAAGUGUGCGUUAGGUUUUCAUAAAUACAUGUAUAUUCUUUCACCUGUUUUUCAGCCGUUAAAUGAAUCUAUUUUUCCUAAACAGGAAGAUAAUUUAUGGGCUAUAGAUUAUGUAAAAUAUGUAAUUGCCCUCCCUUCUUAUUUGAAUACGUAAAUGUGAUUUUCAGGUUUUUUUUCCAGUUUUAAAAAAACAUAAAGGUAGUUAUCAUAUACCUUGUUUUAAUGAGUUUCAUAGAAGGUAAUUAUAGAUGAUUGACAUUAAUGAAUAUCUGCUUUGUAAAUACUUGAUGUUCAUAAUGAAUAAAUAUAAAAUAUUG